AAGAAGGAGAAGAUCCGUUAGGUUUUCCAUUUCUCAGCCGUUUCUUCUUGCAUCGGUCACUUUUGCUUCUUCUCGAUCUCUCUCUCUCUCCACCCUCGAGCCGAGCUGCACCGCCCAUCUCCGCCUCCGACCGCCGCCGUGUCCCCGCCGCCGGUCACCUCGGCAUCUGGCGUCGGCGCCGCCCCGUUUCUCUCUCCCCGCCUCCGAAGCCCCCCGAACCCUAAGACUCCUUGCUUCGGUUCGGUUUAACCGGGAUUGUGGAAGAUGGAGGAGGACCAGGAGAUGGAAAGGUUCGGGAUGGACAACGAUUACGACGACGGGCAGUGGAUCGACGGGGAGUUCUACUACCGGCGGCGGUGGGAGAAGCGGGCGCAGACCAAGGACGACGUGCUCUACGGCGUCUUCGCGUCGGGGGACUCCGAUUCGGACUACGACGAGUCCUCCAAGAGGAAGCGGAGGAAGAACAAGGACCUCCUAGGUAAGGCCGAUCUGUCGAAACCCGUGAAUUUCGUGUCCACCGGCACGGUCAUGCCGAACAGAGAGAUCGAUGAGAAUUCGAAGAGAGAGAAUGUGAGGAUGACGAGUCUGCUGCCAUGGACGAGGAUAGGCCGGGAGAAGGAGGGGGAGAAGGAGAGUUUCUUGCCAACCGCAUUUGGUCGGAAGAUCAAGGAGGGAGCAAUCCAAAUUGGAGAAGAAAGCGCAGCAAGGAGGGGGGGGGGGGGGGGAGGGGAGAGUGUUCUAAGAGGGAUUCUUUAUGAUUUGGGGAAUGUGGGCGGCUUCGAGAAGUACACACCAAGGGAAUUGGAAUGA